UGUCUCUGAGUGUAGUUUAUUUUCAUUAGUUAAAGAUGGCGGAAUCCGAGGAGACUAAAGCGACCUGCACGUUUUUGUUCAAAAAAUCCAGUAAGAAGUUUUCAGCUCGGAAGAGAAAAGCCAGCGACAGCGACAAAGACAGAAGCAGUGAUGAGGAGAAGAACGCCGUGGUCAGAAGAGAGAAGAAACCCGUCUCUGCGAACCCCAUGUUCCAGAGGACAAAGAAGGUGGAGCGGGAAGCCGUCUCAUCAAGUGAAAGUGAAGAAGACAAAGAAGCCAAAAAGAUCACAGUGGCUUAUAAAUCCACCCGCUCAGCGAAACCUGAAGGGCCAGAGGACAUGGGGGCAACAGCUGUGUAUGCACUGGACACAGAAAAAGACAAAGACGCUCAGGCCAUCUUUGAGCGCAGCCAGAAAAUUCAGGAGGAACUAACGGGUAAAGAGGAUGACAAGAUCUACCGUGGCAUGAACAACUACCACAAAUUCAUUAAGCCUAAAGAUUCCACCAUGGGCAAUGCAUCAUCCGGCAUGGUCAGGAAAGGACCAAUCAGAGCCCCGGAGCACUUAAGGGCUACAGUGCGGUGGGACUACCAGCCUGACAUUUGCAAAGACUAUAAAGAGACUGGCUUCUGUGGAUUUGGAGACAGCUGUAAGUUUUUGCAUGACCGUUCAGACUACAAGCACGGCUGGCAGAUUGAGAGAGAGCUGGAUGAGGGACGAUAUGGAGCCAAUGAUGAAGAAAACUACGAGGUGAGCAGCGAUGAAGAGGAUCUGCCUUUCAAAUGCUUCAUCUGCAGGGAGUCAUUUAAGAACCCAAUUAUUACAAAAUGCAGGCAUUAUUUCUGCGAGGCCUGUGCUCUCCAGCAUUACCGCAAAUCCAAACGCUGUUACGUCUGCAACGAGCAAACCAACGGUGUCUUCAACCCAGCAAAAGAGCUGAUGGCAAAAAUGCUGAAACACCAGGCUACUACAGACCAACCCCCCUCAGAUGAAGACGACUAGAGUUGUCAGAAGCAGUCACAGUUUCCACUUUUUCUAAUCGUGUUCAGCUGUUGUAAAUUGUAUUAUCAAAACUCUUAAAUAAAUUUCAUCCUUUUCUAUUGA